AUGAUCAGAAUCAAAGCGAGAAACGGAAGAAGCACGGUGGCGAAGGUGGUGGACGAGUGUGACUCAGUGAAUAACUGCCCCAGAGCAUGCAAGAACAACGUGGUGGAUGCGUCGGAAAGUGUGUGGAAGGAUUUGGGACUCAACACUGAUGAUGGUGAAUAG